GCGGCAUGGAAGUGAGGCGGUUGCGCUGUGACGUCAUAUUCGGGCGCCGCGCUGUCAGGAGUCCUUGGCUGCCCGGCCUGCUUGAGGUUAUAACGUCGACGUGACGAGCAAACAGCAAAAAUGCAGAGCUGGACACAUUUAUAUCGAUCUCUCGCCACGCGGAGUAAUCACCUCCCCUGCAAGCUGCACGGAGCUGGAGGGCUCUCCGUCCGCACAUACGCCGACAAAGCAGCAAUCGAGGCAGAUGUCACGGUGGUCGGUUCCGGUCCCGGCGGCUACGUCGCCGCCAUCAAGGCAGCACAGCUCGGCUUCAAGACAGUUUGUGUGGAGAAGAACCCCACACUGGGCGGAACCUGCUUGAAUGUCGGCUGCAUCCCCUCCAAAGCUCUGCUGAACAACUCCUACCUGUACCACCAGGCCCACGGCAAAGACUUUGAGAGCAGAGGCAUUGAAAUCUCGGGGAUCUCGCUCAACCUGGAGAAGAUGAUGGGCCAGAAAAGUGGGGCGGUCAAAGCGCUCACCGGCGGCAUCGCACAUCUCUUCAAACAGAACAAAGUGACCCACGUCAACGGUUUCGGCAGAGUGACUGGCAAGAACCAGGUGACGGCCACAGUGGAUGAUGGCAGCGAGCAAGUCAUCAACACCAAGAACAUCCUCAUCGCCACCGGUUCCGAAGUCACGCCCUUUCCUGGAAUACAGAUCGACGAGGAGACCGUCGUGUCGUCCACGGGGGCGCUGUCCCUCAAGAAAGUUCCGGAGGAGUUGAUCGUGAUCGGAGGCGGCGUCAUCGGAGUGGAGCUGGGGUCUGUGUGGCAGCGUCUGGGCUCCAAGGUGACGGCGGUAGAGUUCCUGGCCCACGUGGGCGGCAUGGGCAUCGACAUGGAGAUCUCCAAGAACUUCCAGCGCAUCCUGCAGAAGCAGGGCCUUAAGUUCAAGCUGGGCACCAAAGUGCUGGGCGCCACCAGGAGGCCAGACGGCAAGAUGGACGUGGCCGUGGAGGCGGCGGCCGGCGGCAAGAACGAGACGCUGACGUGCGACGUGCUGCUGGUGUGCAUCGGCCGGAGACCCUACACCCAGAACCUGGGCCUGGAGGGGCUGGGCAUCGAGCUGGACAACAGGGGGCGCAUCCCCGUCAACAACCGCUUCCAGACCAAAGUGCCAAGUAUUUACGCCAUCGGCGACGUGAUCGCGGGGCCCAUGUUGGCCCACAAAGCCGAAGACGAGGGCAUCAUCUGUGUGGAGGGAAUAGCGGGCGGCGCCGUGCACAUCGACUACAACUGUGUGCCCUCAGUCAUAUACACGCACCCUGAGGUUGCCUGGGUGGGCAAGACCGAGGAGCAGCUCAAAGAGGAGGGCACGCCCUACAAGGUGGGCAAGUUCCCCUUCGCCGCCAACAGUCGCGCCAAAACCAACGCCGACACGGACGGCCUGGUGAAGAUCCUCAGCCACAAGGAGACGGACAGGAUGCUGGGAGCGCACAUCGUGGGAACCGGGGCAGGAGAGAUUAUUAAUGAGGCCGCCUUGGCCAUGGAGUACGGAGCGUCCUGCGAGGACAUCGCCAGAGUUUGCCACGCCCACCCAACGGUGUCGGAGGCCUUCAGAGAAGCCAACCUGGCCGCCUCCUUUGGAAAAGCCAUCAACUUUUAAUCAUCGCCUCACUUGAUAACAGAAGAGGAAGUUCCAAGAUCUCAAGUCUUCUUCACAGUCCAGAAGCUUCUUCUCUUAUUUCCUGCUCAUUUGAAAUAUUACUUAGAAUUCUAACGGAAACAUUUUCCUCUUUUUUUUUUAAUUUACAAUUUCCAUCUAGUCACAAAGCAGCAUCCAACAGGAAGCUUGCACAAUUCCCAUGUGGUAAUGCUGCUUUUAUUUAUUCCAACUUCCUGUACAAGACUGUGAUUGGCCGUUCAACCAUCAAGGAAAUAAAUACGUCAACACAC